AUGCGGACAUCGCGAGGCCUUCAUGCAGCGCCCACGGAGGAGCUGGUGGAAGCCCCGCCGCAGCUGCCACUGACGGAUGGGCGCUACUAUGCCUGCCGUCGGUGCCGUCGCAUCUUGUCAGAAGCCCAGUGGUACGCGACGGGUUGCGUGGAGUGCAGCGCAGCAAUGGGCAUUCCGGACCGCGAUAACCUCCUCGACUUUGCAACCCCACACUUCCACAACUUCAUUGGCCUGAUUGCGCCAGGACAGUCGUGGGUCGCGCGCUUGAUCAUGAAGAACCGUGAGCCGACGAACGGCAUCUUCGCGGAGACCUUGUCAGACGAUGAGCCGGAGGAAGAGGAGGACGAAAUGGAGCCCUUCGUGAGGGGCGCGGAUGAGGAAGAGGAGCCAGUCAUACUGGAUGGAGAAGAUGGCACUGCUGAGUCCAUGCAUGAGCUGGCUGCCGAGACACGAGAGUAA